CAUUGUUGAGUUUUUUUGUAAAUGAUAAACUGAUGAAAACGGGUCAUACCGCCACCUGCUGGAUUGACGCACGCAGCAUGGAUAAAGCACGCAGGAUCCUGGUGUACGUGUGGAGGGAGCGUGCAGCCCCCCAGCAGGCCCACUUCCUUCAGAGUUUGACAGGUUUCUUCUCCGACGGUGAUGAUGAGGAGGUCCAGGUGAGCUGCUCUCUGCAGAGGAACCAGUUCAUCCUCUCCAGCGGAGACGAAGGCCGCCGCGUUCCUCUGAAGCGGGCGUCCUUCUGUCCCAUCAAACACCUGUCGCCUGCUGAGGCGGCUGCCAUCCCGCCGGAGGUUCGGCAGCGCGGCGUAGACGUGGGCGUGUCCAUCAUGCUGCAGGCGGCCGAUCAGCGGGUGCUGCUGACCCGGAGGGCGAAGGAGCUGCGGAUCUUCCCGAACGUGUGGGUUCCUCCAGGCGGACACGUGGAGCCUGAGGAGACUAUGCUGGAAGCUGGUCUGAGGGAGCUGCAGGAGGAGACUGGACUCCGGCUGGAUCCGGAGGAGGUGUCCAGCAGAGUCCUGGGACUGUGGGAGUCGGUGUUCCCCCCCCUGCUGUCCCGAGGCCUUCCUCACAGACAUCACGUGGUGGUCUACAUGCUGCUGCUCUCCCCCCUCUCUCACCUGCAGCUUCAGUCGUCUCUGAGCCCCUCCCCUGCCGAGGUCAGCGCCUGCGUGUGGGUGGACAGCCGGCUCGCCCGCGCCAUCGUAGCUGCCGUGGACGGAGAAGAUGGCGAGGUUCCUGUGCAGCAGCUGCCCAGCAGCUUCAGCUGACAAAUGACAGACCUGGACCUGGACCUGGACCUGCAUCUGACCCAGAACCACAUCGACCUGCAGAACCUCAGAGCACCAACAGGGGGCAGCAGAGACCAGAAGACCAGAACCUUCUUCUUCAUCCAUCAGACUGGAGGUGGACUCGUUCGUUCCCUUCAAGGUUUUUUAUUUUUUUUAUUUACAGCUGAGUUACGUCGAAUUGUAAUGUCACAACAACCACAAUUACCAACACAACUUAUGAAACACAAAUACAACAACAUAUACGAGAUUACAGUACGCAUAAACAAAAUAAAUAAUAACAAAUCCUAAAUAGAUGAAAACUUAACUUUGUUAGGUGUUCUCAUUAAGUUUCUAUUUCUUAACUAAGUAUUUUCAAGACAUUUUUGUUCUUCAUAUAAUAACAUAAUUAAAUGAAGUAAUUAAGUAGAGGUGGGAUUAUAUAAGUUCACUUCCUCCAUCUCCUCUUCAAUCAAUCAAACUGACUUUAGUUCAUUAUCACCAACAUGAAUGAACCAAAUGUGACAUAAAUGUGUUUUAGUUUGUUUUCCAUUUUCUAAUCAAUGCAUUUAAUUGUUUCUGUAAUGAGUUUGAAAUAAUUGUGUGUUUUGUCCUUUAGUUUUCUAUCUAUGUUUGAAAUCAAUCAAUCAAUCAAUCAAUCAAUCAACCAAUCAAUCAGUCAAUCAAGGGACUGAAGAUAAGAACAGAGCUCUGUGUGUAUUAAAAGUAUCAAAGGUGGUUUGGUCUUCAAACAUUUCUUCUUGUGAAUACAAGACUUUGAGAAUCCUAACUUGAAAUCACCACCUGAAUAAAACAUUUUUCAUAACCAAAUGAACUGGAGCUGCAGUUUUAAACCAAAACCAAAACUCUUCCAAAAUGUAUUUCUAAUUCCACAGUUAAAGAAUAAAUCAUCCACAGUCUCAAUGUCAUUUAUCCAACAACUCCAGCCGUUCUAACCGACGUCUCAGACUCCCUGGACGGUAGAUAUGGCGUACAGGUGACUAUCAGACUCAUCUUCGUCACGGGUUCACAUGUUUGAUUUAACCCCCAAUCAUGACAUCACAGAUUCUUAAUCUGACUUCACGCUGCCAUCCCAACAGUACCUCCCUGUUGACCUUCAGCACGAGGAGGCUGGAUGGAGUCUCUUGGAGGAACAUGGCGGCGCACACAGUUGCUGCGGCUCAGUGCUACACUGUUUGGUGAUCUGUUUGGAUGUUUUUUAUGGGUUUUGUUUCUUGCACAAUCUGUCUGGGAAAUAACAUCUACUGCCGGCAGGAGCUACUCAAGAUCAGAGAAUGCAACAAAUCGUUGGUGACGAGCAAGUUUCACCGCUCACACAAUAUUCCGGUGGAGAUAGCAAGACAACCCGGCUCUCCGUGGAUUAUCAUCCCGGCGGGGAGGAGACGGAGGCGGCGUAGAGAGAGGAAGCAGAAGCGCGGCUGCAGGCUGGUCUGGAGGCAGCUAUUCAAACCACCACUUCCCAGCGUGUUUCUCUCGAACGCCAGAUCCCUCGCUAACAAGAUGGAUGAACUGAGGCCACAGAUCACGACGAACAACGGAGUAAAAGUGUGUCCGACUUAUCACCAAGACCUGGCUUCAUCAAUCCAUCCCCAGUACGGCUAUUGAGCUAACCGGCGACACCGAGCGGCGCUUGGACCGCACGGAGGACUCCGGUCAGAGCAGAGGAGGACGGCUCUGGAUUUACGUGAACAACCGCUGGUGCUCCUACACGGUGAUCACAGACAAACACUGUUCACCAGACAUUGAAUAUUUGACUGUGAAAUGCACACCGUCGGCUGCCCUCUCCCCCACUGGAGGAACUACCUCACUCCCGAUGCCACAAGAGAACCAGAACAUCAUGGACCCCACACACCCGGGUCAUCCCGUUUGAACUGCUGCCAUCGGGCAGACGCUGCAGACAAUCCAACCCAAGGACUACCAGAAAAACAGUUUUUAUCCAACUGCAAUCACCAUCCUCAAUGCUGCUAUGAAAUCAGAUGUACUUUAAUGACAGAGAACGUGUGAGGAUGAAGGUCUGAUCGUCUGUGGCUCAUGUUGUUAUGACUUAUUUAUUACUUUUUAUUACUGGUUUUUGGGUUAUUUAUAUACAUAUUUGAUCUUACUCUUAUUUUUAUUUAUGUUUUAUUUUUUUAUUAUUCUUUUAGGAAAAGUAUGAAUGAAACACCGAUCAGUGAGCAGUUUUAUGUUUCAUUGUACAUGUGACAAUGACUAAUAAAUCUAUUCUAUUCUAUUCUGUUCUAUUCUGUUCUGUUCUGGUCCGUUCUAUUCUACUCUACUCUACUCUAUUCUACUCUAUUCUAUU